CUCUCUGGUGCAAAGCAACUGAUGCUCCUAAACCUCUACGGUAACCACAUCACCACCCUUCCACCAAGAGGAUUUCAGGACCUCUUGAACCUUCGCUUCCUUAUGCUGGGACAGAACCAGAUUGGCAUCCUCAAACCUGAGAUGUUUGCUGGAAUGAGGAACUUGUCAGACUUAGAUCUUCCUCUCAACGCGCUGACAAUGCUACCGUCUAAUGCCUUUAAGCCUCUGAUCGCCCUCAAAGUUCUGGACCUUUCCCAGAAUCGCAUCCAGAAGAUCUCUCCUAAGGCCUUUACUGGACUCAGACAGCUCAUGUUCCUCAACUUAGACAAUAACAGUCUGAAAAAAAUUCCUGCUGGAGCCUUCAGACCGCUGCGAUCUCUGGAAAUGCUGGUUCUAGACAACAACCUUCUGUCCACACUGAGCUUGUCAACUUUGGAUGGCCUGGGCAACUUGCAGGAACUCUACCUGAGGAACAAUGAUCUGGAUCACCUGCCACCUGAUGUGUUUAGGAACAUGGCCAAUCUUUCUCAGCUGGCUCUUAGUGGAAAUCGCCUGAAGACUGUGGAUGGAAACAUGUUUGCCCAUAUGCCUGACUUGAAGAAGCUUUACCUCCAUGACAACACGUGGCAUUGUGACUGUAACAUCAUCUCGUUGGUGGAGUGGAUGAGACAGACCAAGGCAACCCUGUCGCCUCGGGACGCCCUAAAGUGCGGGAGUCCUCCAGACCUCCGAAACAAGAGCCUCUCUAGUCUUCAGGCUGCUAUGCCGUGCCUAACACCAUAACACCAGUAUUAAGACCAUGGCAUGGGCUCUGGGCCCAUGGAGAU